GGAGAAGAUUCGAUUGAUUCCCCGCCCCCGGCCUCGGCUGUUCCGCGCACCUCCCCCGGAAAGAGGGACAGAGCCGGAGGACGCGUCUCGCGCGCUUCAGUUUGCCGGCUGCGCCGCCCGCGUGACGACGUCUGUUGGAGGUUCUCGCGCCGCUGCCGUUAACGCCCCCCCCCCCCUCCAUAUCUUUUACCUCACCUCAACGGCCUCGCGCUCUCUUCCGUUUUUUUUUCCUUCUUCGCUCCCUCGUCCCGCCGAUGGCCAACUACAUCCACGUGCCGCCCGGCUCGCCCGAGGUGCCCAAGCUGGACAUCGCCGUCAGCGAGAGGGACCCUUCGGGCGGCGGCGGCGGAGGGGCGGGGUACCGCCGGGGCGCCUUGCGGCUGCUCAGCCGGCUGAGGCCUGACUGGAAGCCCGAGGACGUGACGCUCAAGUUAUUCACGGACGGAAUUACCAAUAAGCUUAUUGGCUGUUACGUGGGUGAAGAUUUGGAUGAUGUGGUCCUUGUUAGAAUUUAUGGAAAUAAGACAGAGCUGUUAGUUGAUCGAGAGGAGGAAGUAAAGAGCUUCCGUGUGUUGCAGGCCCAUGGUUGUGCGCCGCAACUCUACUGUACUUUCACUAAUGGCCUGUGCUAUGAGUUCAUGCCAGGAGAAGCCCUGGAUCCAGAACAUGUUUGCAACCCGGAAAUAUUCAGGCUUAUAGCCAGGCAACUUGCUAAAAUACAUGCUAUUCAUGCUCACAAUGGAUGGAUUCCCAAGUCCAAUUUAUGGCUGAAGAUGGGGAAAUACUUCUCUCUAAUACCAAAGGAAUUUGCAGAUGAGGAACUGCACAAAAGGUUUCUAAGGGACAUCCCAAGUCCUCAGAUCCUUCAGGAGGAAAUGGCGUGGAUGAAGGAGAGACUGUCUAACCUGGGCUCCCCAGUGGUGCUUUGUCACAAUGAUCUGUUGUGUAAAAAUAUCAUCUACAAUCAAAAACAAGGUGAUGUUCAGUUCAUUGACUAUGAGUAUUCUGGAUACAAUUACUUGGCUUACGACAUUGGAAAUCACUUCAAUGAAUUUGCAGGAGUAAGUGAGGUAGACUAUAGCCUCUAUCCAAGCAGAAAACUACAGGAGCAGUGGCUGAGAGCUUACCUUGAAGCCUACAAGGAGUAUAAAGGGUUUGGAACCAAUGUCACAGAGAAAGAGGUGGAGGUGCUGUAUGUUCAAGUCAACCAGUUCGCGUUGGCCUCUCACUUCUUCUGGGGACUAUGGGCCCUAAUUCAAGCAAAAUACUCCACCAUUGAAUUUGAUUUUUUAGGGUACGCAAUUGUACGCUUCAGUCAGUACUUCAAAAUGAAGAAUGAAGUCAUGACGUUAAAACUUCCAGAGUAACGACUAAGAACUUCUGUCGGAAUAAGAUUCCUUCUGUCUUUUGUCUGAGUACAGAUAAUGGAAAAAGCUAAACAUUUGUUAGUUUUGUAAUGUUCCUAUGGUGGUUUUUUGCUUUUCAUUGAUGCCUCUAAACAAUCUUUUAAUGUUAAAACCUAAAAUGAAGAUCUUACUGCUGUUGUAGAAGGAAUAGAGACAUUAGGUUUAUGAAACAUAGGGAGAGCAAACUUAAUCCUUUCUUGUAAUUUUUAACGUGGUAUGUGAAUUAUUUAUUAUGAAUUUAACAUUCCAUUGCUGCUGUUCAUCAGUUGUUUUCAAGAGAUGGGGGGUGUAGGCGAUGAAACUGUGAUGGAGGACUUUGACAUCUGGCAUCAUAGUGACAUUAACUUAUGAGAAACGUGGUCAGUAUAAAUGUUUUAAAACUGCAGACAAAGAUUUAUACAUGAAUGGGAUCAGUUUGGCGUGCAAGUCCCUAACGCCAGCUGAUCAGCACCGCAAGGUUGGGACAGAGCUAUUUUCACAACGAUACCUCUCCAAGCUCUACCUGAGUACUGUGAAAAAUGAUUGAGAAUCCCUCUUGCUUUACAUGCAAAUCAAAAUGUUGCAAAGACCUGCUGGUUUAGGGGGAAGACAGAACCCCCUCCACGCUGAGUUCUUGUACAUGCUUUUAGAACUGUAGGAAACAUUUAACUUCAAAUAUAAGCUUUAAGUGACCAUUAUUCCAGAGUGUCAUUUCGUUCCAUAUCUCAAAAAGAUUGUUCAAAAUUCAUCACAAGCUUUGGCAUAUAGCCCAGGGAACAGGCAUGCUUGUAAGGUACAGUGAGAGAAUCCAACAGGACAGUCAGUUGAGCCAUCUUGUAGUGUUUGGGCUUAUGGUCUGUUCAGUUCUUUUUGGGUUUCUGAUCUUUCAUGCAGUACUUCUUUACUUUUGUAAAUUCUGUCUUCUCUUUUCUUUGCCAGUAAGGUAGCAAGCUCACAUUUUUUAUUGUUAGCCCAACGCCUCUGGAAGACCAUUCUUGAAAUAGAUGGCGUUUGAAGAAUGAUACAGAUGUAAACAGUUUUCUUUUUUUUUCUCCCCCUCCUUCCCCCAAGAGCUGUCCUACCAAGAGUGAUACGAAUCUCAAAAAUGUGAAACAGAUGUUUACUUUGUGUGUGUUUGUGGGUAAAGGCUUUAAACUGGGGGAGGAGAUAGUCACUGUGUGGAGUUGAAUGGUCACAUGAUCAACUACUAAUCUGAAACUUUUUGCUUUGGUCACUCAAGUGCCCACAUGUACAAAGUCUGUGUUCAUGUGCAGUAUGUGUAAACCCAGAUAUACCUUAAGUAGAGAUACUGUGGGGAGCCUGGAGCACAGACUCAGCAAGGAUAUUUAUUCAGAAUUAUUUUCUAGCAUUCUGUAAAAAAAAAAAAAUCAACUUCGCCUAACAUAAAAAGCUUGGCUUGUUUAGCAAUGCAUAGAGCAAAACAUGGAUGGGAAAAGCUCACUCCAAAGAUCACUGAAUGGUUUUUGGCUUAUUUACAGAUCCAGUCUCAGAUUUAAACUAGUUUUAUGUUUUGUAGUCUUGGUUUCUGAAGUCACAAACUUCAAACACCCGGCUCAAGGUUAGUUUCAUCAGGCAAUGGGACUAACUGCUAGAAAGUAGGCUGCAGUUGUCAAACGUUAUUUUAAUACUAGGUUAAUGAAUUUUUAAGCACUUAUUGUUUCUUCAGUGUUGAACUGGCUAAGUUACAGGAACAAAAGUAACCUCAGGUCUCUCAAAGAUGUUGCCAGAGCUCUAGAAGAGAUCAAAACUGAACAGGCUUGCUCCUGGGGAAAUGGAAUUCCUUUAUUGAGGUCUGACUUUGUCACCAUGCCUUUUUAAUACCACCUUCUAAAAUUGUUAGCUUGUUGAGAGACUCAGAUGUUACGAAACUGGACUGUGAAAGACCUUAGCUUUUAGACACCCAAAAAAUAAUGUGGGUAUACAGUACUUGAAUGAAGGUCUUGCUAUAUUGUUUGAGAACUCUAUAUUGCUUGCUCACUGGAAGUCUGGAUCUUGUUCUUCCUGAUGCUGGUAGGUUUUAACGAGCGUUGGUUAAUGACUGUUGUCUUGCUACAUUUUGUGAAUACUGGGAUUGAGAUACCAUCCUUAUUUGUCCAAUCCCCAAGUGCAUCUCUCCGAAAGCUUAGACUGGUCUGUGUUCACGCUGAGCUUAAUCUGAACCUUUAAACAGGAACAGAAAUGUGCAGGUGACAGAGACCUCUGCAGAUAAGUGGCUUUUCUUCCUGGUCCUCCUAAUGGCUGCCUUUCAGCUUCGUAUUACUAAAUUCACUAGACUCCAUUUUACUACUACAAUCUGAAGUCAUUUUCAGAAUGAGCGCCCUGUUCACUCUUGUUGAAGACUUAACGUCUGCAGCCAAGUCAGCUUUUAGACCAGGGAUGGAUUUAAUCUUAUUUUCAAAACAAUGGUCAUUUUCCACCCCCUUCCCUUUCCGAGCUCUUAAAGUGGCCUUCUGUCAGAAAACCAGAACUUUUAGAAAACCCAAGCUUUAGAAUUUUAGCUUAGACUUGCCAACAAGUGACUGUUGCCUUUACUUUUAAGCUGCAGAUUCUGAAUGCCAUCACCAGUGACACUGUACUGCAAUUGUGAAGAGGUUAUUAAUAAUGGCAUUCAUUCCUGUGUAACAUCAGCCUACGCACCAUAGUGGCCUAGUUGCUUACGUAAAGCAGAAAUGCGUAAAUCUUUCCCAUCAUGCUUUGGCAAUCAGACCAGGUUAAUCCAUGCCUGAUUGAUCAAGAAGAUAUCAAAGCAUCAUAGGUAACUGUAAUGUGUGGGGGGGGGUUUUGGUAUUGUUUUGAACUUUGGCCUGGGGUUCUCCUCUGUCUAAAUUUCUCAGAAGGCUUAACUAAACUCAUUCAUGGUAACCAGGUCUGACUGUAUAUACAAUAGUGUAAAUAACCAUUUGUAAAUUAGUGUGAAUUGUAUGGUAUCUUGCAUUUACGGAACUUAUGUAUUUCAUUGUACUCUCCUUUUUGUAGCAGUUUUGAUGUAAAGAAAAUAGUUCUUUAUGUGCUGACCUCUUUUGUUAAAUUGAACAUGUUCAAGGGGAGCUGCUUUUUGGGGGAACAACAAGAUGCAGUACCUGAGAGGACACGUUAGCUCUCAUAAUACACUUCUCCAUUGUGCCUGUAGUGUCUGCGUUCCUGUUAGCACAUCUACUUCAGAGGAAGUAAUCAUUUUGCAAAUGAGUGAAUUAAUAUGAUAAUCGGCUUUAAGUGACAGGUUGGCUAAUUAGAAGGGAAAGUUUCUCCCCGUUUGCAAGGCCAGCUUAAUUUCUAAAAAUGUUGUGGUUUGUCAGUGCAUGGAUAGGUGGCUGUUACUGAAGAGAAGGGUUUAUGCAGGUUCCUUUCAUGAUAGCAUAGGCCCUUGUGAAGUGAGAGACGGGAGCAACAUUAAAGCUUUUUAAAUAAAACAGGCAUGACUCACACGACAUGACUGACCAGUGGCUCUGGCCUGUAAUUGCAGUGAAAUUGUGGUCAAGCAGAGAGCAAAUGUUGCCAAGAUAAGUUUUUUUCUAAUUCUGCUGGAUACUAGGCAUUAAUAUAUAUAUAUAUUUUAAUCUUGUUUUGCAGCUACCAUGUCGCAUUGACUUUCUGGGGGAAAAGUCAGUUUCCAUAGGGAUCUGUCAGUGUUAAGCAUGGAGUUGCAUUCAGGGUUGGCUUCCAUCUUCCCCCUUUCCACAGAAAAACUGUUAGAAUGAUCAGUUUCUGAACUGAUCCCAGUUUUUUUUUGUAAAGAAGCUCUAUCCUAGUUAAAACCUGGUAUGUCCCUAAUUGAUCCAGUAUGUGGCGGGAGUUUGUAAUGCACGCCGCUGCACCUGUCCCAGUUGGAUUUGAGAAUGCAUUUACCUGCAGAACUUGAAUCGGACUCUGAGGUGGUGCCGUCACACAGCCAGACAGGGCAUGACCAAGUAGAUCUUAGUGGCAUGCACAUUCCUGGAAAGAAAGAAAAGUGAAUGUGAGAAUUGCUUGCACAUGCGAUUGAUAGGGCAAGUUGAUACCAGGUUUUGUUUUUAGAGUGGUUUUAGUAAGUCACAUGAUCCAUGCAACAUAAAUAACAAAUUACCAAAGUAUGCUUUUUUUUUACCUACCCUAACCAAGAACAUAUGUUUGGAAUUAUUUUGUAACUAGCAAGAAGUGAUGCCGUUGUCUGAUUUCAGUGACACCCCAAUGAUGAUUUCACAAAGACAGUUAAACAUAACGUCAGGGAAUCAUAUUUUAAAAGUCUUACAAUUCAGUCCAAUACACUAUCACCCCAGUCUGAAUGACUGAGCUCUGCAGGCAGUUACAUAUCUUUACAUUCAUACUGGCUUAUCGGAAAGUUGCUAGAGGCUCUUUUGAGUUUCUCAUAGGAUUGGAGUCACUAGUAUCUGAUGGUGCAUACAGAGCGUAAGCAAAUUUUGCAUAGAGUAAAGAUUGGGAAAACUACAGGUCAGAGGAUUUGUGUGUGAAUCUGCCAUUUUGAUAAUGUUUGUCAGCCGUUCGGUAGUUGUCUGGCCUCAGACUUUCAAGUCUUGGGCAAGCCAAUCUUGCUCUCUGCCUGGAAAAAAAUGGAAAUUAAUGGAUGAAAUCAGUUAUAAAAAGAAAUCUGUGACCUAAUUUGCAAGCUGUACAUCAAGUUAAAUAAGAAAGCACUUAAAAACUAGUUGUAGAACACUAAGUGAAGACUGCUGUAGGACUUUAUAAAUGUGAUACUGAAGGCCAGUCCUUAUCAUCUUUUAGAGAAUUUUGGAGAAAUGCUGAAGGGAAAACAACGCACAAUCAAAUGCAAUAUCUGAACUGAGAAAAAAUGUGGGUAAGGAACAAAUCCUUUUCGGGUGCAGUCCACAAACCUAUGCUACUAUCUGGGGCCACAGUUUUUUACAGGGUGUGUAAAGUGGUUUGAGUUUAGUGGGGUCACCAAAAGAAGCCACAUAUCCCUAACUCCAUAAGGCUCUCCUGCCCUCUAGGAGAGUUGAUUCCCAGCAUACACUAGUCCUGUGACACACACACCCGCAGCCGCAAAGAAGGAAGCAAAAUUACUCCCUUCCAAGAAAAAUGGCUCAGGGUUCAUGCCCUUCUCAUUCAUUAGAUUCCUGGCCCACUUAGCUCUUAGUCCAGAUGAUUCCAACUGUUCUGGAGUUAAUAGUGACGGCUGGGGUAAAAGGGAUGGGUGGGCAAAAUCUGCAUCCAGCAGCGUUUCCUGCUGACAGAUCACUGGGUCUGAGCCAGCAUCUCAAGCCUCCAGAAAUACUCUUUGUGGGCAGCUGCCCAUUACAAAGGUAGACCAUAGUUGCGUACGGCUGCUUUGUACUUGUGAAUAGUCUCAGCAUUGAGUAUUCUGAUAUCUCAGGUGAUUAAAGCUUAGCAUUUAAGGGUUUUCUUGAAACCCGGGGUCCAUCUUUCUCUUAACAACAACUCACUUAGCAGUACUUCCCGUGACUUCUGUCCCAUUAAACCUUUGAGCCGUUGUCUGUCGAGUCCAAUCUUGUCCUGUGAAUAAAAUGGGUUUGCCUGUCUAAAGAAGGGGGGGUAUAAUCCUUUCUGUAUGUUACGAACGGCAUUAAACUGUGCAUUCUGUUCAUUGGCUUGUACUGGAGUGAAAUGUAUUUCUUUUGACGCGCUAAGCAUUGUUGGAGCUAUGUAACAAGGCCCUUUUACCAUUGAUUUCAAUGAAGGAAUGUAUCUUGCAAAGAGAUUUAUAUUAUGUAAAUAAUUCAAAAUUGGUUGUAACAAUAAAGCUGGUUUCUAACUGCA